UACUACACAUCGUGCGCGUGUGCAGCGUCUCGCGCGUCUGAGGGAGCCGGAGCUGAGUUGGAGGAUCAUGGCGGAGCGUAGGAAGCACAAAAAGCGGAUCCAGGAGGUGAGCGAACCCACCAAGGAGGAAAAGGCAGUGGCCAAGUACCUCCGAUUCAACUGCCCGACCAAGUCCACAAACAUGAUGGGCCACCGAGUCGACUACUUUAUUGCCUCCAAGGCGGUGGACAGUCUGAUGGACUCCAAGUGGGCCAAGGCUAAGAAGGGAGAGGAGGCGCUGUUCACCACCAGGGAGUCUGUGUUGGAUUAUUGCAACAGACUCUUAAAGAAGCAGUUCUUCCACCGGGCUCUCAAAGUGGUGAAGAAAAAACCAGAGAAAGACACCAAGAAGGAGAAGGAGAAGGAGAAGACCAAGGGCGACAGUGGCAAAGAGGAGGAAAAAAAGGGGAAGAAGGACAAAGAAAAGAAGAAAGAGCCGGAAGCUGUUGAAACCAAGAAAGAGAAAAGUGAUGACAGUCCUGGAACCCCGAAGAAGAAGAAAGAGGUGAAGAAGAAGUUUAAACUGGAGCCUCAUGACGAUCAGCUGUUUCUAGAUGGAAACGAGGUGUAUGUGUGGAUUUACGAUCCUGUUCAUUUUAAGACAUUUGCCAUGGGACUGAUACUCGUCAUUGCAGUGAUCGCAGCCACACUGUUCCCACUGUGGCCAGCAGAAAUGCGUGUAGGAGUUUAUUAUCUAAGUGUCGCGGCAGGCUGCUUUGUGGCCAGUAUAUUACUUCUUGCUGUUGCCCGUUGCAUCCUCUUCCUGUUCAUCUGGCUUGUGACCGGUGGGCGCCACCAUUUCUGGUUCCUCCCCAACUUGACGGCAGACGUCGGUUUCAUCGACUCGUUCCGGCCGCUCUACACUCACGAGUACAAAGGACCGCGAUCCAGCAUCAAAAAGGGCUCAGACAAGACUGACGAGAAGGACAGCGAAGGCAACAAGGCUCAGAAGUCAGACAGCGAUGAAAAGUCUGACAGCGAGAAGAAGGACGGCGACGAGGAGGAAGAGGAUGACGAGGAGGAGAGCAAAGAGGCCACAGGGAGUAAAGAAGCAGAGGGGGAGGGAACGGGGGCGGACCGCCAUUCAGACACAGACAGCGACCGCCGGGAGGACGAAGGCUCGCAGCACAGCAACGGAAACGACUUUGAGAUGAUCACCAGGGAGGAGCUGGAGCAGCACACAGAGGAGGAGGGGCAGGGGGAGGAGGGGGGAGAAGAGGAGACGCAAGAGAGGAAAGUAGUGGGUGAGAGUGAGACUAAACCCCAGACUGCUGAAACAUAAACUUCUUACAAUCUCAUCACUCUACUUUUUCUCUCUCUGUCUUUUCCUCCCUCCUGUGAUUCCAGGACCUGCUACUCCGGCCUCUCUGAGCCUGCUGAGGCUGAGAAGAGGUUCUGCCUCUUCUUCUUGAGAGCUUCUAAUAACAAAUACCAAUAGACCAGUACCAGGAUAGACAUAACGGGUAAAAGUAAACGGCUACAACAAUGGGGUAAAAAGAAAAUCUAAAAGAAGCCUUAUGGUGGCUCUGAUUCCUCCCACCCAAAUGUUAUUUAUGUUAAAAUGAAAACUGCCACCGAAACGUUCGCCUGAGGAAGUUGUCAACAAAAACACACCAGACAACAGUCUGUCUUUGUCUUUUUUUCCCUUUUUUCAAGUUUCAGUUUCUUUUUGUGUAAUUUCAACUCUCAAUAUCGUAUGCAUGUUCCCUUUCUUUGUUUACAUAUUACAUUUGGAUGUGAGAAAAGCCAUCAUGCUAAACUGAUCAGUAAGAGGAGCCAUGCUGGUUCCUUUAGCCCCCGUCCGUCCGUUUCUUUUCCCAUUGACAUCUUUGAGCUCCAUGUUGUUGGUACAAUCAGGUCAGACAGAAAGCCGCUGGUUCUUUCACCCUUUUGUGGUGUUUUGGUGAGGCAACAUGGCAGCAGGAGCUUUACAUCCUGUUGAACGCCAGCGAGUCUGAUAGCAUUCUCAAGCUGCCCUUAAAGCAAACUGACCUGCUUUGAAACCUGAACCAAGCCAGAUGGACCAAAUCCUGUAGUUUACUCAAAUGAACCUACAAAUCGACCAUGUUGUGGCUGUAUGGAGUAUUAUGGAAGCAGAGUAGUACGGCUCCUUGAGGUACUUGCCAUUUUCAGUAAGAAAUCAUUUUCUUUUUUUUAAAUGGCUUAUAAUCGUAGCGCGAUCCUCGGCAAAGUCUGAAGUAGUUCAUGUUUAAUAAUGUGGGACUCGUCUAUAAGAGUAAAUGUGAGCAACUGGGACACAGCUGGCAUACUUCAUUUUCUUUUUUAAAAAAAGAUCGCCGCAUUUGUUGUACAACUAAAGGUAGAAGAUAUUAAGUUCACUGAUAAACAGAACCAGAUAUAAAGUAAAACUCUAGUGCCAAACAUGACUAAUAAUGAUGUGAUGCAUGCUGAUUUAUUAUGGAGAGCUAAGUGUAAAGGGGAGGGGUAUGCUUUUGUUAAUUUGUUCAUAUUGUAACCGCAGUGUCAAACUCCUCAAACCUU